AUGGCAAGCCGCUCCCGGCCGCCCUCUCAAGCCUGCUCCCCUAUUGAUCAGGGAGAGUUGGGACCCUUCCUUCCGCCAGCCUCCCCUGAGCUCAGCAAAGUAUCUCUCAAGCGGGUCAUCCGCCUCCUCUGGGGACUCCAGUCCCAAGUUUGCACCAACAUCAAAAAUGUUUCCCAAACGGUCAAUGCUGUCAAGGAUGGGCUUGCCCAACUCCAGCACUCCCGGGGUCCCCACACCCCAGAAGAACAAAAACCCCCUGCGGUGGAAGAAACACCCAGGGCCGUGCCAAAAGUUGAGCCUGUUGGCAAGACUCAACCUUUCCUUGGGGCCCCAGCCCCUAUCCUCUCUGCAGGGGCCCCCAGGCGCGACCCCCUUACUCUCUUCAACCCCUAUCCCUCCUCCUCCUUCCCUUUGGGACCGGCUCCAGCCCCCCAGGGACCUCCACCUGCGCCUGUCAUUGCCCCGGCGCAGCCUCCAGCCCCCUCCACUGUAAAAGUGGAUCAUCCAGACGCCUUCAAAGGCAAAAUAGGCUUGGAGGCCAAACAAUGGCUGACACAAAUGUUAGCCUGGGUAUGCCUGAACCAGAGGCAAUUCCCCUUGGACUUGGAGGUCCUCAGUUUCCUCCUCAUGAAUAUGACGGAGGCCGGCGGAGCCUGGGCUCAUCCCCAUUUGGACCAACUAGGGUCCCACCGCGCACUCAUCCAGACCAUGGAUGAAUUCAAAGUCAAAUUCCUGGCUGCUUUUGGCAACCCAGACGCAACCAGAGCAGCAGAGCAGAAUAUUACUUCCCUUACUCAGACCGGCACUUGUGCCAAAUACAUCACUAAGUUCCGCACUCUGCAAAUGGAACUCGACUGGAAUGACGCCGCACUUUGCGGCCAAUUUGCGCGUGGGCUUCACUGGGAAGUCCAAAGACAAAUUGCCACAAGGGAGAGGCAACCCCGCACCCUGAGGGAAUUGCAAGAUGCAUCCCUCAUUAUCAACAACACCCUCCAAGAGGAACGCGCCAGCCACCCGCAGCAGGGUAAUAAGCCUGGCAAAACCUCAACCACCCCCAACCGGGGGGCAAGUACCGGCCAACAGGCCACCAAAACCGGUCCCCUCUCCUCCAACCCUAACUAUGUCUUGGAGGAAGAACGCAACCGCUGCCGCACAGAAGGCCUCUGUGCUACCCCUAAGGAGGAUAAGGGGAAAGCCAAGGAAACCGCCAAGAUUGGCGAAGACUCCAAGUACCAAUUGGGAAAAAAGUAA